ACCUUUUGUUUUGUUCAGUUCUUCUUUUUCUCCGAUAUUCUCACUCCUCUCCGUCUUGACAAAAGAGGAAAAAAAAAAAGAAAAACGCGUAGUACGCUGGUUGGGCCACUUAAUUAACUAAAUUCGCGGUGAAUGCGCUAGCGUAACAUGGACGAUGUUCCAGUCAAGAUAGUGGAGCGCUACAAACCCCCACCCGCCGUCUACCACCUGCCUCAGGCAACCCUCAACCGUUUGGGCCAGUUCCGUGAAGAUUUCUACACGGAGCACCCCGAUUACCAGUAUCACUUCCACCUGGAGCGGACCGUCCUCGCUCAAGGCCAACGCUGGCGACAGCUGAGGAGGCAACAAAAGGAGGAGCGUAUCAGACGCCAGGAGCGACGCAGGGAGCAACACCAGCGGGAGAUCGAAGCAAAACAAAAGGAGAUGCUGGGGGCAGUGGACUACCCCAGCGCAGAUGAUUUGUCAUCGGGGGGAGAGGAAGAGAAGGAGAAAGAGGAGGAGAACGAAAAGCAUUUGCAGAGCGGGGUGGACAAGGGGGCGGAACAGCUGCCUGAGUCACGCGACUCGCACGAACCAAAGCCAAUACGAGUGUGCGAUUUCCACAGCAUAUUGCAGCCCACCAUCCUAAGCACCACUCCGGUUGCUAGUCCUCAGACGCUCCACAAGCGGAACAGCUCAUUAAACUAUGCGGACUUCGAAUACAGCAUGAACUCUACGCCCUUCGACAACAUCGAAAUGAAGACUAUCAACGAUCUGGACAUUCUGGCCCAGGUGCUUCACCAAACACAGUUGGCCGAAAGAAAGGAGCAGGUCGAGCAGGCCAAGGAGCGGGAUACCAAGGACGAGGAAGAGAAGCAGCCCAGCCAGGAUAAACCGCCUCCUAUGGAGCCCACGAUGACGACUCUGGCGGAGACCAAAGCGACGCUCGACAGCGUCAAUUUCCAAGUUCACUGUGAUGACGAUGCGGCCAGAACUGAGCCCAGCCACAUUCCAGCCACGCCCACUUACACAACGCCCAUGUACAGCGUUUCCCAACAGCAGCAGCAACUGUAUCAACCGGAGCACUUCCAGGUGUAUCAUGUUCAGGGCUACAGCCAUCAGCCCUUCUACUCCCCGCAACAACAAUCUUACCAGCAACCGAACAACUACUAUGUCAAUGGGCUUGGCACUCCAAGCCAUUUGAUGACGCCUCCAGCGCUUUCCUCUGUUACGGCACUCAGUCAGGCGGAGGACGAGGUGGCCACCAAAUCGAGGAGUGUGCCCGAUAUCCUGCGUGAACUGAAAACGGAGCUUCAGUUAGCGGAAAAGCGCCGCACCCGCCUGCACAGCCACAACGAGGAGCAGCAACAGCUUCAACCAAAGAACGAGGUGGCGGUGGACAGGAACUCCUAUCGGGAGUUGGCUGGACCGGCUCAAAAGUUGGCGCAACGCAUCAGCAGUAUGGGUUUCCCCCUAGAACGUGUGGCCAAGGUGGUAACCCUCUGUGGCAUUGACGAUAAAAAGAUAAUCGAACACCUCAUUCCCCUGGGCGAGCUCAUGGACCUGGGCUUCGAUGAAUCAAAAAUCUCAGCGGCGCUACUCAAGUUCGACAAUAACAAGGACAGGGCGUUGGACUAUCUAAUAAACUAGUUGAAUUAAGGACACAUCUUUUGAUUGUCCCGCUUUUACCUCUGCACAUUAUCCAUCUCCUGAUCCUCACCCCAGGCAGCUUCAGAAAUCGGUUCCCCUAAGUGUAUUUUAAUUAUUACAAUUUAUCAGAGACAUUCUUUGCUUUACUCGUGAGCUGAAUGCUUCAGAAUCCUCAGACGCAGCAGCAGCAGCAGCAGAAUAAAUAUAAGUUCAUAAAAUAAUCAUCAGCAAAUAAUA